AGGCUUUACAAUUGUUAACAGUUAUUGUUGAUAGUGUUCGAAGUGAAGUUGAUAAAUGGAAACGUCUUUCACGACAAAUUGUCGAUGUACUUCUUGUUCAUUUACAAUCACAUGCUACUAUUGGUUCAUCUAAGGGUCAAGCAAUUUUGGAUAUUUAUUCAACACAAUUAACAUUAUUUGAUGUUGUAUCAUCAGUUGCAUUACGACCAAUUGAUCCAUUUAUUGUUGCUUUUCGAACAUUAGCAAAUAGACAUGAUAUCAAUCGUCAAACUAUAAAUCGAUGGUUAAUGAAUAUAAAUAUAAUUCUUCGAUGUCUUGUACAAAAUUCAACUGAAGAUGCUAUAUUGACACGAUGGAAUGAUGCUUCAUCAUCAAUUAAUGAAACACGUGAUGAAAGUUUUAGUGCAGCUCUUCUUCGUAUUUUACAUGAUAUAAUAUUACGACUUUUAACUAAUACCCGACAAUUACGUGGUCAAAUUGAUAUGACAUUAGUUACUCUUGCAUCCGAUUAUCUCUAUUUACUUAUGCAUAUCAUGGAAAAUGCUAAACAAUUUCGAACAAUUGUAAAUGAUUUUCGUCAAUUAUUAAUUCAUGAUGAAACUGAUGAAACAGUUCAUCGUCUUGAUACAUUUUCAUAUUUAACUAUAUUAAGUGAAUAUUUUAAAUUACUUUCAUCAUUUUAUAUACCAUUAUUAUUACAAUGGACACAUAUUCUUAAUAUGCUUGAUUAUACACAAGAAGCAUGGUGGUCAUCAAUGUUAUCAAUAUUAACACCAUCAUCAUUAAUAACACAUUUAUCAAUAAGUGGUCAAUUACAAUCAUAUUGUGAUUUAAUAUGUCGUCAUGAAUUAUAUGUUGAACAUUUAACAUCAAUAAUAACACAUCAUCAAUUAUUAUAUUUUUUAUUUGAACAAAGUGAUACAUGUACACAUGUACAUAAUUUAUUUGGUCUUAUACAUCGUACAUCUGUUGCAAGUCAUUUAUUUGUUGAAUCAAUAUAUACAAAUUGGGAUAAUUUAUUAAAACGAAAUAAAAUUUUAUUAUCAUUAAAAAUUCUUCGUACACUUGAAGGAAUACAUUUAGAUGAAAGUGGUCUUUUAUUAGUUUUAUUAAUUGAACAAUUUCUUACAUUACCAUAUAUAUCUAUAUUACGUUUAGCUGAAUUAAUUGUUUGUCGUCGUAUUGAAAUGAUGUUAACACUUGAUGAACAAACAUUAAAUAAACAAUUAUUACCGAAAUAUUUACCAGCAAUUUUACAAAUAUUAUCAACAUCAAAAAAUAAUAAUGAUAAUAAUAAUAAUGAUAUGAAAUCAAAUGAACAUCUUUGGGCACUUAUACAACGUUUAAUUAGUAAAAUGAAUUAUACAACAACAAUAUCAAUGGAUAUUAUUCAACAAGAUUUUAAUAAUCUUAAUUGUAAUGAUGAAGAUUUUAUUCUUAAUUGGAUAAAAAAAGUUCAUUGUCCAAUGGAUAUAACACCGAAAAUUUAUGCUCAAAUGCUUAAAAUUGUAACUUAUAAAAAAUUAUUACCAUUUAUGAUGUCACCGGAUUUCGUAUGGUUAUCAAUGCCUCAUUGUCUUAUACUUGGUAUUAAUAUUCCAUCAUUAUGGCGUGCAUCAACAAGUGCAUUAAUUAAAAAAAUUAAUGAUCUAUGUUUUUCAUUACCAACACAACGUUUAAUAUCAAAUGAAAUAAAUUUAAAUGAUGAUGAAUCAACACCUGAUACAAUUUAUAUAAAAAGUCUUUUAUCAUGUUCAAAUAAUCAACCAUAUUUAAUUGCAUUAAUUGAUUCAAUAUCAAUUUAUUUUGAUACAAUAGAAAAUCAUAUUGAAUUAACAUGUCAAUUUUCAUCAGGUGAUACACGUGAUUUAUUACGUUUUAUAAUAUUUAUAACAGAAAUAAUUUAUAUAAAUAUAUUUCAAAAAAAAUCUUUUCUUAGUUGGAAUUUAAUUGAAAGUUUUUUUCGUUGUUUAACUAAAACAAUACAUAAUCCAACAUCAAUUAUAUAUCAAUUACUUAGUGCAACAGAUCAAAUAAUAUCAUGUUGUACAUUAUCAAAAACAAUACUUUCAAUAUUUGAAUAUCUUUUUCAACGACAUGGUUUAAUUAUAUCAAAUAAACAACAAACAAAUCAAUUAUUACAAUCAUAUUUAAAUUUAAUUGAACCAGAUAAUCGACCAUUUACACAAUUGUUACUAUUAUCAUUUAAUGAUCUUGAUCGUCUUUAUUAUUUAACAAAAAAAAUUAAAUUUAUACCAUAUUUUUAUCGACAUGAUUUACGUCGAAUAGCUAUAUUAUUAUUUCGUUUACCUAUAUUUAAUUCAUUUAUACGUAUACCAAAACAAUUUUGGGAACAACAUUAUCAAGAUAUAAAUAAAUUACAAUUUGGUUUAAAUGAUUAUUGUUUAUCAACAUUUCCUGUUGAUUUAUUACAACAUUCAGAUAUAAUGGCUGAUUAUAUUGAACGUAUAUCAUUUGUUGGUUGGUUAUCAAGAACACAAUUUCAAGAAAUAUGGGUCUCAUUUUUAGGUUCAAUUAAUCCACCAAAUCAACAUAAUAAUGAAAAUGAACAAACAACAAAUAAUUUAACAAAAGAAGAAAUUUUAGAAACAAAUGCAACACAAUGUGUAUGGAUUCGAGGUGUAACAACAUUUUUAUUAAAUGCUCUUCGAAUCAAUUGUACAGGAAAUCCAGCUGAUAUGACAUUUGAACAUCGAUGCCGAAAUAAAUCUGUUCCAUUUUUAUUAGCUGAUAUUGGUAGUCAAUAUAUGCAAACACGUUCAACAUUAGAAACAAAUUCAAGUGAUUUAUUUAUAAAUCUUGAACGAUUAGGUUCACGUGAUUUAUUAUCCUAUGGGCAACUUUCAUAUGAUACUAUAUUAACAUCAAUUCAAAGUAAUAAUACAUUACCAUUACCACCAAAUAGUUUAUUCGAUCGUUUAUUUUCUCGUCAUGGUCUUGAUUUAACUUCUUCAUUACAAAUUUUAAUUGAACUUUAUGUUCGUUGGUUAACAACAAAUUCAAAUAAUUUAUGUCUUCAAUUAAAAUAUGAACUUAUACGUUCAUUUAUAUAUCUUUCUGAUUUAUUUACAUCAUCUCAACAAUUAUCAAGUUUAUAUGAUUUAUGUGAUGAUUAUAUUCGUACAUGGUUUGAUGAAGAUGAUUUAAUGAUAUCAUUAAUAAGUUAUGGUUUAUGUAAAUCUGGUAUACUUCUUGGACAAACAACAAAAGAAUAUAAUGAAUUAUAUAUACGUUUAAUUGAACGUAAUUUUAAAUUAAUAACAAAAACUCAUGCAUAUGCAUCAUGUUUAUUUUUACUUGAAAGUCGUGAAGAUGAUUUAAAUAAAUUUCUAAUACCAAUAUUAAUACAAGAAUUAACUAAUGAUAUACAAAAUAAUUCAUUAAAAUAUAAUUUAGAUAUACGUUUAAUUGGUUUUAUUUUAGCAAAUUUAUUUUAUUUAAUUGAAAAUAAUUUAUUAAAUUCUUAUGAUAUUUUAUUAUCAUUAUUUAAAGAUGAUAUAUUAGAUAUAAAUGAUAAUUUAACACAAAAAAUUAUAUCAAUUGGUCUUGAAAGACUUUUAAUGCUUGGACAAUAUCCUAAAAAUGAUAUAUGGCGUUUAUAUAAACGUUCAAUAACAAUAUUACGUCAAUCAUCAUGGUUAAAUAUUGAUCAUCUUGUUUUAAUACUUGCACGUAUAUAUACAUUAUUACAACGAACAAAUGAAAAUACAAAUCAAUCAAAUAAUGAACAUACAAAUGAAGAACAAGAAAUGGUUGAUGGUUCAUCAAUAACAUCAUCAUCAGAUAAUAUACUUAUUGAACUUGUUGGAGAAUUAUAUGAACGUACAAAACAAUCAUCAACAUUACCAUAUGAAGCAUUACUUUUACUUCGUCCAUUACCAUUAUUACUUGCACAUAUUGGUUUAUCGGAUCGUUUAAUGAAUAAAAUGGUUUUAGAAUUUGCUGCAUCAACACAACAAUUAUAUCCUCAAAUACUUGCCUAUACUGUUUUUGCUGUUUUUCGUGCUUUAAUUAAUGCACAUUAUUCAGCUAAAGUUAAUGAAUGGACAUUAUUAUCAAUGACAAGUAUUGCACAAAGAAAACCAAUACGUAUGGCUAUAUGGGGAUUAACUUGUCUUAUGUUAAGUGCAUGUCCAUCACAUACAAUUGCUGAUGCCUUGUUUCCAUUGACAUUAUCACGUUUCAGCGCUCGUUUUGAAGAAUUAGACAAUCGUUUAUUUCUUCUUGCUGGUCGAGAAUAUUAUUUACAGUUAACGAAUAUUGAACAACGACGUCAAUUUGAACAAGCAUUCACAAAUGAAUCGAAUACAGAAAAAUUAUAUGCUGAUUUACUUGCACAUAUUCAAGAUACGAUCUUACCAUCAUCUUGA